AUGGCGGACCCGGGUGACUACGGCGGACCCGUCUACGCCUCGGAGCCACUGCCGUAUUACUACGACUACAACGUGCAUGACGGCUACAAGGGCACCAACUUCGGCCAGCACGAGAAGUCCGACGGUAAAAAUGUGUACGGCUCCUACACCGUCGACCUCCCCGACGGUCGCAAACAAAGGGUGGACUACACAGCUGACCACUACAGGGGCUACGUGGCCAAGGUCAGCUACUACGGCAAGGCUCAGCACCCUAAGCACUACGGCCCCGCCGUCACCUUCUUCAACAAGGGCUACGGCCACGGAGGCGGAUACCAUUAAAAUCCCGAAAAUGCCA